CCAAAAUACACUCAAGAAGAACCUAGUUUAUAAACACCCGAUGCACAGCAUUUAGACCUGGUUGUGGUAAAGUACAAUCAUCACUUGGUGUGAGAGUGGACUAAAUAAUCAUUUCUGUCCUGUAUUAGGAUCACAUCAUGAUGCAACUGAAGUGUAAACUACAAGAAUCAAUGGAUCUCUCACUCAAGACCCCCAACAGCUCAUUCCUCCCAGAUGAUGUCACUGUGGAGUAUAACAAGAUGAAGAUGUACUAUGAGAAACUGAUGGGUUGCUCUAGUAUAGUACAAUUCACUCCAAGAUUGGAUUUGCACACAAAAAGUACCACAUUUGAAUCGCAGUCUGGGAAUGGUAGGAAGCGUGUGCAGGUGUCAACAGGUGUAACAAUGUUAAAUCCUGAGAUUGUCAAAGAUCUUACAACACAUAACCACAAGCCUACAUAUAGGCUCCAAUGCCCAAAGGCAGGUCUUUUCCAGUGCAGGUCCACUGGACUGGUGUUUCUGAUGGAAAGGAAGGGAGAUGUGGUUUACAAGGUGACUCAAUGGGACAGCAGCCUCCUGGGCUCCAGGAUACCAGCAGGACCCCUGUUCAGCAUUGACUGUCCUGAGCAGUCUGUCUGCGAACUGCAUCUCCCACACUGUAUGUGUGAUGAGAAGGAAGACAAUUUGUCCGUGGCCCAUGUUACUGAUGGCAACAUGGAGAUUGUUCAGCCACUCAAGACGACUCCUACACACGUGAUUGUAAACAUCACACACCUCUCCCUCUUUGGCCUCAUCAGAAAUGGGUUCUCCUUCCUCCCGGUCCGAAGCCAGGUGCUGCUGUUCCUCCGACCACAAGGGAACAGACCCCAGAAGCGCAUACUGAAUGUUAUUUUGUUGCCCAAGAAUGUGCCACGUUGUGAGGUGGAACAUCAACAGAACGGAACUACGUUCAUUAUAUCCAACUCCAACUGCACAUUGACUCCUCGAGGAAAAUAUGGCCUCUGCUGUGAGCUGGUGGCAAAUUCUAGCAUACAGCCAAAAAGUGGGCAGUUAGACUAUGACUACAGCCCAAACUUCCACCCCACAUUUCAGGUGUUUUUAGACUGCAUGUCGGGUGUAGAGAACAUCAGACUGAGUCUUUUAGACAGAGGAAGUAACGACCAAAGAGUGUGGGAGAGUCUAGUUCCAAUAGGUUAGAUCAAAUGCCAGUUUGUUAUGAACCUGUACACCCCUCACCCCCUACUUAUUUAAACUGUAUUCAACACACUGAACAGUCCUCACCCCCUACUUAUUUAAACUGUAUUCAAC